UGGGAUUCCAGUCCAACGGAGCCGAGUAACAUAUUUGGGAUGUUAGCUUUGCAAAAUCACCCUAGUUCCUCUGCAAUAAUGCAGUUCGAUGCAGUGUCCACCGAAUCCUUGGGAUUUUCGUCAGCCACCUCGCCAUUACCAGAGUCAUUUAGCGUUUCGACUUCUCUCUGCUCCUUGGUAGAUGAUCAGGCGAAUUCCGAUACCAAAGACUAUGCUGAAGUUAUACGAAAGGCCCAAGAGGUCGUUGGAUGUUUGAGUGAUAGGUGUGAAGAAUUAAGUCGGCUAAACGAUUCAUUCGAUGUGCUUAGGAAAGAAAUACGAAGUCAAAUCGACCAAUGCGUUCAGAUGAUCCAAAGGGCUUUGAAUGAGCGACACGAACAUCUUCUAAAUGAGCUUGAUUCUUUCCUUAGUGCAAGAAACGAAAUCAUAACAAAGAUGCACACGGACUUCGAGGCUCGCCUUCAGCGGUUAUCUUCUCAUGUGGAUUUGUUAAAGAGACUGAUGUACAUGUCACCAAACAGCACUCCAAGUGUUACUAAAAACACUUCCAAUCUCCCUUCGCGUAACAUUGCGGUUGAAAAGCAUAAACAAGAAAUUGAAAAACUACUUCAACUACCAGUUCCGUUCCACCCUUCUGAAAGUGACACAAUGUCUUUCUUCCCUACAGAACUGGACCAACUACUCAGUUUGAUUCGUUGCGUUGGUGCCGUGGGGCUAACUAGCAUCGAUGUAAACCGAACCACUCUGUCGAGAAAUUGCGAAGAAGAAUUUACCCCACUUCGUCGGUGUGCCCUCAACGAAGAAGUUAGGAGCGACAUACUGCCUCUUGAUUCUCUGGGACGUUGUGUAACUAACCCAACAUCCAGAGACUUCACUGCCUCAUUGACUCCACGGCAGGAGUGUGUCACCUACGCAAAAGUAAGCGAGAUAAACAACACUACCAGAGUAAACAAUCACGGUUCGUUUCCUACUUCGAAUGAACAUUCAGUUAAAUGCGCCCAACUGCAAGUCGUAUAUAAGGUCUCUACUCCUGGAUUGUAUGAUCUGAACAUUAAAUUGUACGGUGAGCACAUACUGGGCUCACCGUUCCUCGUAUACGCGCGUGCCGCCUGCAAACCUAAUGUCCAAAAAUGGAUUAACGAUAUGAGGGACAUUAGCCAGUCACCUUGUCGGAUGCGAGCCGUUCUGGUAUCUAGAAGGCGAUGCAAGUCUUCCCCCGCUGUUUCGAUUGAGCAUGUCCCACUAGAAGCCUUGGCGGACCUGAACGCUCUUGAGAAAGGUGAUUAUUUAUGUGCUAUUGGAACCAAAGGACGUGGAGAUGGAGAGUUCGCCAAUCCAACCGGUGUUUGUGUAACCCGCGAGCACAAGUACUUGGUAACGGACAGUAGCAAUGCCUCUGUUCAAGUAUUCAACUCGAAGGCGGAGUUUCUUUUUCGAUUUGCUGAAUACGGCUAUCAUCCAGGUCAAUUGAUGAGACCGAUGGAUGUGGCAGAGACCAUCAACGGCAAUUACCUCAUCUCUGACUUCGAACUACACUGCGUCACAGUCUACAGCCCCACCGGUGCUUAUAUAUCAAGGUUUGGACAGCGAUAUCUCGCCGGACCCAAAGGAAUCAUAGCCGAUAGUCGCGGUCGCAUCAUUGUUGUGGAUCAGAAGUCAUGUAUGAUUUGCAUUUUUAAGCCCACAGGGAAGUUUAUCAAUCGAUUCGGUACACGAGGAAGCGGUGACAAUCAAUUUAGUAACCCGGGUUAUGUCGCGGUUAAUUCCGCGGACGAGAUAUACGUGUCCGAUUAUUUGCAACAUGCGAUCAAAGUGUUUGACCCUAACGGGUUGUAUUUGUACCGAUUCGGGGUGCACGGCAUGGAACCCGGAUGUCUACACUCUCCGACUGGCGUCGCCUUCGACAAGCAGGAUAACUUAUAUGUGAGCGAUUGGGGCAAUAAUCGCGUGCAGGUGUUCGACUCCACUGGACGUUAUUUACUGAUACUCAACAGCCAACUGGAGCCAUUAAAUGGACCGUAUGGAUUGACCUACGACUACAUAUCGCAGAGGAUCCUAGUCACAGACCCGGGUAAUUAUUGCGUGAAAAUUUAUGAUCCGCAAAGAGUUGUGGGGUUAAGACAAGGACCAUCAGAAGUGGCGUGCACUGGAGACAACGGGCAGAUGAGCAAAUCUGCUUCAGCCUCUUCCUCGUGAUCUAUCAAAUGCGAAAUAGGACUCUACACAGGCUGCCCCCUACGAUCCCGGCGACGAAGGAGAUGGGCACCUGCCAAACAGCCAUUUGUGACAUCUGAUCAUCAAGUACACCAGCGCCGUAAACUUCAACCGACUGGCCGGCAAUGGCUCAUCCUGAAACGAGCUUUAUGUACAUACAUCUAGCCAACUAACUUGCCAGCUUGUUCAUGUUACGCGCACGGAACGCACACAUCCCGGUCCCACUAACUAAUAGAGUUCACAGAUGUGGGUCGAUAUUCCAAAUCUGAUUCGAGGUAACUAUAUUUCCAACGCAGUUGUCCUGCGUGC